AUGACUUCAGACCAGAGGCAAACGAUCAUAUCUCGUCUUCAAUCUAAUCCAAACGCAUUCCAACACCUGGAAACAUUCAAUCUCACAGAUUACAGAUUUUUUGAGCAUUCUGAUUCUGCUUUAUGGAAAGUGCUUUGUCUAUUAAGAGUUCCUUUUAAGCAUUUGACAUUAAAUACAACAACAAGAGGAAAAGUAGACGACUCAUACUCAAUUUAUGCCAACAGAAUUUUACAAGAAUUUUCUAAAACAUUCCAGAGACUCUCGGUUAUAGGGUUUAUAUAUAAUGCUAGGGGUCAAGGUCCAACUAUCGAACUAUCCUCUUACUAUCCGCUUUUGACGAAUCUUUGCAUAAAUGGCAGCAAUGUGUUUCUUGAUCUAGAUGAUUUAUUGGGAAAAUGUGUAGCCCUCAAACAACUAAAAGUUGGUGGUAAAAAAUUGCUCAUUAAUUCAGACACAAUAACCAAGAAGUCAAAGCCGCAGCAUCAUGGACUGAAGGUUUUGACGCUAGAGAAAUGUUCUGCAGAUGCUAAAGUAUUUAACCACAUCUCUUUCAGGUAUAGAAGUUUAAAACAUAUGACUUUGAAUACUCUGCACGUCAUGGGACCUAUUUGUGAAAAAGCUGGAUGCUUGUUACUUGAUAUGGCACAGAUUCUCUCAAAUACUUUGUGCAUCGACCAGCUUUAUUACAGCACAGAAUAUGGAGAAUUUGGUAUAAAAUGUAACAUCUGUCGGACACUCCUGUCUCAAUUAUACGAUGCUCCAUUAUCAGACGAAAAAAAAAAAUUUCACAAUAUUGAUUGGCUAAACACAUACGAGUACUAUUGGUCUUCCGGGAUAUAUCGCCGCAAAGCUACAAAGCUUUCAAAUAAAGGAGCCAAAAUUGCAUAUGAAUACUAUCAAAACUUUCAGUCCAAAAAAAUCGGUCAAACUUUAAAUCAUGGCCGCUUGUGUUAUGGAGGGAACCCAGAGAUAGGCUAUAAAUACAAACUUUACAGAGGAUAUGGUGAAUUGAGACUUGGAAAGAUUAAAGACGUUAAUAUUAUAUGUGUAUCAGAUGAUAAUGAGUGA